AUGACUCACGCAGGUGCAUUUCGUCCUACAGCGUCAGUGUUCCAGAAAAACUCGUCUUCUCCAGAGGUGGUGUGUCAUGCUACAGGUUUCUUCCCCAAAGCUGUGAAUAUCACCUGGCAGAAGGACGGAGAGGACGUGCAUGAGGACGUGGAGCUCAGAGAGACGUUACCCAACCAGGAUGGAAGCUUCCAGAAGAGAAGCGUUCUGACAGUCUCAGCUGAGGAUCUGCAGAAACACACCUACACCUGCGUGAUUCAGCACAGCAGCUUGGAGAAGGAGAUGGUGCUGAAUGAGGAGGAUAUUCAAAUCCUGAAUCCUGGUCAGAGAAACACUUUCCUAUAAAACUACAGAUUUCCA